CCGCCACUUGAGCACAUCGUCAAUGGCAUCGGCAGAGCCAACGCACGAAACAGUCAUCGACGCCGAGCCCACAAAUGAAGAACACCAGAAAGACCAAGACGCCUCAGACGCCCAAGCUCAAAUAAUUGCAUCCCUUCGUUCGCAAGUCACUGAUCUCUUCUCGCAAGUCACCCAGCUCAACGGCAAGCUCGUCAAGUCCUACGACCGCGUCUCCGACCUAGAAGAUCAGCUGCACGACUCUGAGAGCUCUCUGCGCAAUGCCAGUGUCGCCGUUUCAUCGCUCGAGCUCGAGCGCACCCACCAUCUCGCUGCACUCAAUACAGGACUGCUCGUCGAGAAAGAACAUGUCACUGCAGAACUUAAUAGACUUAUGGAACGUGCGACUGAAGAAGCUGCGCAGCGUGGACAGGCAGAGACAGCCAGGAGUGAUAUUGAGAAGGAACUCGAUGAUCUCAGUGCGUCACUGUUUCACCAGGCGAACACGAUGGUCGCAGAAGCACGAUUGGGGCGGGCCCAGAGCGAACGCAAGGUGCGCGAGGCGGAGGAAGCACUAAAUGGAGCUGAGGAGGCUGUCAAAGUCAUGCAGACUCAGAUGCAGAGAUUGCAGGCUGACAAAGAGAGUGCUGAGCGUCAGGCGGAGGAGGCGCGACUUAGCAUGGGCAAGGGCAAGUGGGUCGAUCGGGACGCGCAGUUGGUUCAUCAACAUCCGGUAGAUGUCCGGAAAAUGCGCUUAGUGACCAUCCAUGUCCCCUAUGCCGAGUUCAUCGCAUUUGUUACGCACCUUCGGGGACUGAGGGCCUCCCAGGUUACUUCACCUGUUAUCUCCACGCUUCAGGGUCUACCCUUCCUCGCGCGGUUGAUCACAGAGGAUUCAGAACCGACCGUCCGGCUAGACCUAGCUCCCUCAUUAAACUGGCUCUCCCGGCGGUCCGUUUUAUCAGCGAUCCACACAGGAACGCUCAUUAUUGAGCCGGUGCCGUUCUCGUCGCUUGUACAGGAGCUGCACCCGCACUCCCAAACGAACACAUCUGUUUCGAUUUCAUGUGCGCUUUGCGGGACUGCAAUCGUGCGUGCCCAGUCGCACGAAACACCCCCAAGCCACCCACUCGCGACCCUCGCGCGCAGCCGCAACAACAUCCGCCUCACGAAUGGUAACCUUUGGUUCAAGAAUCCGCUCUCCAGUUCCUCAUCAAGCCAUGUGGGACUUGACGCAGACAUUGAACAACCUGAGCAAGUGUACGUAUUCCGUGUGGCACCUGCCGUCCCUGCCCCAGCUGUCGCGCCUGUCUCUUUGCCACUGCACACCUCUUCACCUUCCACCUCCACGCCUCCCAUCUCCAGGCCACCAGCGCACCCCACGGGAGCAUCCCGCACGGGCUCUACCCAAACACAACAGCCUUAUCCAUUAUGCACAUCCAACUACUGUCUUCUACGCCUCCGAAGUACUUGUUCCCUUUGGGCUUUUGUCCGCACAUGUGUCGUCGAACGUAUAUGGGAGGAGGAACCUAUCAUACCCGAUAAGAAGCCCACUAUUUCGGAUGUAAAUGGGGCAGAGGAUACCCAAGAAUCGAAUAAGAAUCAUUCUCCUGCUGCGAAUGCACCUGCCAUUCCCGCGGGGGAGAAGCCACCUGUGCCUCCUCGUCGCCGGCGACUUUGGGAGAUGGCGAGUGCGCUUGGGGAGAGGUGGACCGAAAACGCGAAGGACAAGGAUAAGGGGGAGGAAAGGGUCAAGGAGAAAGACAAAGACAGAGAAAAGGAAACGGAAAAAGACAAGGGAAAAGGAAAGGACAAAGACAAGGAACUUGCAAGAAAACUUCCGCCACCACCUCCAGCACGCCCUUCUGUUGCCCAUCCACAUGCCCAGGUACCCCCUCCGCUGCCCAAAAGGAGUGAAGGGCGUGGUCAUUCCAUAGACACUCCCGCCGCUAUUUCAAACGAUGCCGACAAAAAUGCCGGUUCUGAAGCUGAAACAUCCAAUUCUCAAGAAUCGUUCACCACCCCCGUUGAUGAAAUGUCCUUUGCUCGUCCGUUUUCCGUGGAUCUGUCUUCCCCACAAACACUGCCCCAGGCCCAAACUUUGCAGCUAGAUCGCCCGCCCUCCCCACACACCAUCCCCCUUCCCGAGACACCCACGUCACCUGCGUUCCGUGCCACAUCGCCCCCUCCGCGCCCACGUUCUCGUGUGGCCUCUCCAGCUCCCUUGCCUUCACGCGUCUCUUCGCCGAUACCACAUCGCCCUGGUACACCCAUUGCCCCGAGUCGAUCGAGAACCGGCUCCCCAGCACCACCGCGCACGAGCUCUCCUUUCUCGCCCUCCAGGGCCGCUUCACCUGCACCGAAUGGUGCUCCGCCUGUCCCAAGACGAGCUCCUGCACGAAGGGCAGUUCCUGUACCUCCCACUGCUGCACAGACCGAGACAAAAGAAGGAAUUCCGAUGCCCUCGGCUGAAGUUGGCAAAGAUGAGAACCUAGCGAAAGCUGAGGCGCCUGCUUCUGUGAAGGAAGAAGAAGUAAAACCGUCUCCUGUCCCUGAACAGAAAGCUGUGGCGGGUGAGGAUGCUGUAGAGCUGUCCAUGAUCAAACAUGAAAUUGCUGAACCCCCCAUACCCUUGCCUGACACGAGUCUGAAUGGAGAUUUAUCUCCCCCAAAGCGGGUGUCCAUGGAUGUUCCUCUCCACACCGCUGCCGAGUUGCAGCCUGUCGUCGACCGAUCCUCUGAAGCUGGCCAAAUCAGGCGUCUGUCUGAGGAUUCCACCACACGCGAGAAAUCUAUCGACACCAGUAGUACGAAGCGCUCUUCUACUACCGAUGAGGAAGGCUAUGCUGGUGACGCGACUUGGGAGGAUCGUACGUGGAAAGAGAUCGUACGUUUGAAGGAAGACAUGUUCUGGGCGCGCGUUGGGGGCGUGCGGUAGAAUCGCGUGUAAUUGCCGUUGCUCAUCUAUUUCACGGUAGGAUAGAUUUUUGUAUACCCAUACGUGCAUAGUUGUCGUUGACUAGCUUGGACUAUAUUUCAUUAUGACCGCACUCCUCCCCAUGCACUUGGUAUCUUCGACGAUUCUUCGUCGAAGAAUGCAAUAGCCCCUCGACGAUUGUGAACGUGUGAUAUUUACAGGUUGAGACUGUGACCACGAGCUCAGCCUAUUCGAUGCAAUCACCUCAAAACCUAGGUGACCUUGAAACCAUCAAGAGAUACCGUGUGCCAUCGCAUCCGCAGCAGGCAUGGUUAUUAAGACAGCGUCCGCAGCAUGCACAAUAUAUAAACGUCAGGGUCUAAAUCAUUUUGGCGAGAGAAGCCUAGCCCACCGGGG